AUGGCCCUCGCCAUCCUGCUCGCCCUGCUCGUCCCUGCCGCCUCGGCCUUCUACCUGCCCGGCAUCGCCCCGUCCGAGUACGAUGAGGGCGCCCCGCUCAAGAUCCUCGCCAACAAGCUCGUGUCGGCCAAGAACGUCGUCCCGUUCGACUACUACUCGCUCCCGCUGUGCACCCCGCCCAACGCGGGCAAGAGCAACCGCCUCUCGCUCGGACAGGUCCUCAUGGGCGAGCGCGCAGAGCCCACCUCGUACGACCUCUCCAUGAACGUCAACGAGACCUGCAAGCUCCUCUGCGACAAGUCGUACGAUCAGCAAGACGUCGCUCACUUCAAGGAUCGCGUCGCAGACGAGUAUAACGCCCGCCUCAACUUGGACAACCUCCCCGUCAUCGUCAAGGGCAAGAACGACUUGGAUGAGGAGGUCUUCCAGCUGGGAUACCCGCUCGGCUUUAUGGAGGGCGACGCUACCCCGUGCUUGUACAACCACCUCGCAUUCACCGUCCGCUACCACAAACCCUCGGGUCCCAUGUAUGCCAAGGACGCCAACCAGUUCCGCGUCGUCGGCUUUGAGGUCGUGCCCAUGUCCGUCGCCCACACCAAGGAUGACAAGAGCGAACUUACCACCUGCCCGGUCGAGUCGAGCGCCUCGCCGCAGUGUCUCACUGCAUCUUCCACCUCGGUCACGUACACCUACGACAUCACCUAUAUUGAGUCGGAGUUGCAGUGGGCCACCAGGUGGGACCCCUUGCUCAAGGCCAACCCGGAGCUCAAGGAGAUCCAGUGGACCGUCUACUUGGACUUUGCGAGGUAUAAUAACAUCGACGAUGAUGAGGAGAUCCAGGAGGAAUCGGGCUGGAAGCUCAUCCACGGCGACGUCUUCAGACCCCCCGCCGCAAGCGGCUUGCUCUCCGUCUUUGUGGGCUCUGGCGCCCAGAUCUUGUGCAUGACCGGCGUCACGCUUGUGUUUGCCUUGCUCGGUUUUCUGUCCCCGUCGUUCCGCGGCGGCCUGUUGACCACCAUGCUUUCGCUGUGGGUCCUGUCCAGUGCCGUGUGCGGAUACUAUUCAGCUCGGAUCUACUCUGGGCUCGGCGGCACCAACAAGAAGAGCGUGACGCUGGGGUCUGCCUUUUUAUUCUCCGGCGCCACGUUUGUCAUUUUCUUCGGGCUCAACUUUCUGCUGUGGGUGAGCGGGUCGACGGGCGCUGUGCCGUUUUUCACCUUGCUCCUGCUCUUGGUGAUGUGGUUUGGCAUCUCGGUGCCACUCAACGUGAUCGGGGCGUUUAUCGGAUACAAGCAGAAGGCGUUUGAGUUCCCCGUGCGGACGAACCAGAUCCCGCGAGAGAUUCCCAACUCGUCAAUAUUUUCCAAUGUGCUGUUUGGCCUGGCCUCGGGCAUCCUGCCGUUUGGCGUCGUGUUCAUGGAGCUGGUGUUCAUCCUGAACAGCAUCUGGCAAAACGAGAUUUUCUACUUUUUCGGCUUCCUAGGCGCCGUCUUCCUAAUCCUGGUGCUGACGUGCGCCGAAGUUAGCAUCGUGCUGACAUACCUGCAGCUGUCCAAGGAGUCGUACCACUGGUGGUGGCCCGCGUACAUUUCGACGGCGUCGUCGGGGCUCUACGUGUUUGGCUACAGCCUGAUAUUCCUGUUCACGCAGCCGGGCCUCAAGGGCAUUCAUGUCGUGAGCACACUGAUUUACACCGGGUACAUGCUGCUCGGCUCGUUCAUGUUUGCGCUCGGCGCGGGGUGCAUCGGGUUUUUGUCGUCGUUUGCGUUUGUAAGAAAGAUCUACGCUAGCGUGCAUAUCGACUAGGAGUGUGCCGGGGGGGGGGGGGUUGGGGUUGGAGGUUGGGGUUGGGGUUGGGGUUGGGGUUGGGGUUGGAAUGAUAUAAUAUUUGCGAGCAAUAAAGUUGGAAACAGAUGUCGGUGUGAGUUUGACA